AAACAGAAGUUGUCCCUCCUCUGCUCACGAAGCACUUGUCGCUCUUGAGAAGAAAGGAAGAGAGUGAAAGGAGACAUAUCAUUGCCAGAAAGGCGCCAAUCAGUUGAGGAAACAGGGCAUAAGUCAGCUUGCACUCUGCAAGUGCGUCCUGUUUGUCACUAGGAGAGAUCAACUGAAGCAAACUUGGGGUUAGUUUGUUCUGUGCAACACGGGAGGUCCUUCGACAAAGAAAGUACUGCAACAAAGUUGAGAAACCGUCAAAAUGUCCUCGGAAUACGAUUACUUGUUCAAGCUCUUGCUUAUUGGAGACUCUGGAGUUGGCAAAUCCUGUUUGUUGCUUCGUUUCGCCGAUGACACGUACACUGAGAGCUACAUCAGCACGAUCGGUGUGGAUUUCAAAAUUCGUACGCUCGAGUUGGAUGGAAAGACUGUGAAGCUUCAGAUUUGGGACACUGCAGGGCAAGAGCGUUUCAGGACCAUCACCUCGUCGUAUUACAGAGGAGCCCACGGAAUCAUCGUUGUGUACGAUGUGACAGAUCAGGAAUCUUUCAACAAUGUCAAGCAGUGGAUGAAUGAGAUUGAUCGAUAUGCCAACGACAAAGUGAACAAGAUGCUUGUAGGCAACAAGAGUGACCUUGCCAGCAAGAGGGCCGUGGACACCAGCGUUGCCAAGGAGUAUGCGGACUCGUUGGGAAUUCCAUUCUUGGAGACGUCUGCCAAGGACUCAACCAACGUCGAACAAGCUUUCAUCACGAUGGCGGCUGAAAUCAAAGCUAGGAUGGCUCAGGCUCCUGCUGGCAAGGAGGGAUCUGCCUCGAUUCAGGUCGGUAAGGGUUCAGAGGUUACUAAGAAGGGCUGCUGCUAAAUUGGUUCUCAUCUCACAAUUAAUAUACAAUCUGUUUGAGCGCAUCUUGUUUUCAUGUAACGAACGAAAUGUAUAAUGGCCACUGGUUUU